AUGGACUUAUUCAACUCAGCUCUUGGGAAAAAUAUCACUUUUGUCCAUCCGGAAUAUUUCAUAAUAAGUGGGUUAUCUGGCAUUCCAAAUAUAAAACAUUACUACCUCUUUCUCUUUUUUGUUUAUAUUGUUUCAGUGCUUGGAAACACAGCUGUGAUGGCCGUAAUAUACUUGGAUCAUAAUCUGAGAACUCCAAAAUAUGUUGCAGUCUUUAAUUUAGCAUUUGUGGACUUGUUUGGUAACUCAGCUCUGGUGCCAAAGGUUCUUGAUGUCUUCCUGUUUAAUCACCACCGCAUCCCCUACAACGACUGCUUGACGUACCUUUUUUUCUGUUACACCUGCCUUUCAAUGCAGUCAUUUAAUUUGGUUGCACUGUCCUAUGACAGACUGGUGGCCAUAAUUUUUCCACUGCACUAUCAAGUUAAAGUGACUCACAGAUUAAUGCUGUCUUUGGUUGCCUCUUUCUGGGUCUUUGUUAUAAUUGCUGUACUGAUUGCAGUUGGCCUUAUUACAAGACUUUCCAUCUGUGAGUCUGUGGUUGUUAACAGCUAUUUCUGUGACCAUGGUCAGAUAUACCGGCUUUCAUGCAAUGACCAUUUCCCUAAUUAUGUCCUUAGUUGUUUAUACCCACUUCUUCUUUUCUGGCUUCCACUUGUUUUUAUCUUGGUAAGUUACCUUUAUAUUGGCUGUACUUUGGCUAAAGUGGCCACAUUUCAACAGGGACUGAAGGCCUUUAAAACCUGCAUAGGUCAUCUUUCAUUGGUGGCAAUCUAUUUCAUCCCACUGUUAAUCACCUUUACCUUGAUGGAAAAAAUACAUCCAAAUGCCAGGAUCAUAAACCUGUCUCUGACCUCUGUCUUCCCUCCCAUGUUGAAUCCAAUUAUUUAUGUUCUGCAGACACAAGAAAUCAAAGAAUCUUUGAAAAGGUUAUUAAAAAUCAGAGGGAAAUCCAAAAUAACAAUGAAAAAAAUAACCCCAAUGUAA